UAAACAAUCCAACACUACCGCAGCCACGCCAAUCGGAGCACCUUCGCUCCUGGAGUUUUGCACCAACUUUUGAUUUCGUGUUCGUCAGAAGUUCAAGUGUAGCGUAGCCGAGAGUGCUACAACAUUUUUCGCUCCGCUUCGAGGAAAGCUGGAGAAACUAGAGCAGUUUGCAAAACUUUCGAAAAUGGACCGGAAGGCGGAACUGGAGCGGAAGAAGGCUAAACUGCAGGCCCUCCGCGAGGAGAAAGACCGUCGCCGCAAGGAGAAGGAAAUGAAGGACCUGGAGGAGGCGGCCGGAAAGCUCGGACAUCCGGAGAGUAACACCAGAAAGGACCUCGAUGAAAUGCUUUCAUCGCUAGGCGUGGCACCCGUCUCAGAGGUGUUGUCAUCCCUGUCUUCGGUGAAUUCGGCCACAUCGGACCAGUCGGCCAACCACACACCAGAUGCCAGUUUGCAGCCCAGUGUAAAUGGACAAACCACCCGCAAGAAACCGAUCAACCUGAGCCUGGUGUCGGUUCAAGCCACAAACAUUCCCCCCAAGGAAACCGUCGUGUACUCGAAACAAACACAAACCACCAGCACCGGAGGUCACGAACGCGAUGUUUUUUCUUGCCAUUCCUCACCUCUGUCAGGAUAUAUGGAGGAUUGGUGGAGACCCCGUAAAGCUCAUGCCACGGAUUAUUACGAUGAAUACAAUCUAAACCCCGGUUUAGAGUGGGAGGAUGAGUUUACAGGUGACGACGAGGAGAACUCCCUGACUCAUAUCGAUCAUGGCUUCCAUUCGAAACUACCGCCGGGUAUUCUGCCGCAUGGGCUCCCAACGGUCAAGGAGGUGGCCCCGGCCAUCACACCGCAGGAACAGAAAAAGGAAGAAGUCAAGGAAGUCAAAGAGCUGUCCGCGGAGCAGAAACAGAUGAUCAUACUGUCAGAAGACUUCCAAAGGUUUAUCCUGAGGACAGGAAAGAUCAUGGAGCGUGCUCUGUCGGAACAAGUCGACAUUUACAUGGAUUACAUUGGAGGAGGAGAUACAGAUGACAUUAACGAUGAACGUUCCUUGGCCCGACUUUCCUUAAAUCGUACAUUUUACUGUGAUCGGUGGUCGAAAAAUCGAUGCGUCACUUCGUUUGAUUGGUCAACGCACCAUCCGGAGUUGAUGGUAGCUUCCUAUCACAAUAACGAAGAGUCGCCCAACGAGCCGGACGGAGUGGUCAUUGUGUGGAACACAAAGUUCAAGAAACAUACCCCCGAGGAUGUGUUCCACUGUCAGAGUGCCGUCAUGUCCACCUGCUUCGCUAAGUUCCACCCGAACUUGAUUUUGGGCGGAACUUAUUCCGGUCAGAUUGUACUCUGGGAUAAUCGGGUGCAGAAACGAACACCGAUUCAGAGGACUCCUCUCAGCACUAAUGCUCACACGCAACCGGUGUACUGUCUUUCCAUGGUGGGUACCCAAAACGCCCAUAACGUGAUUUCCAUCAGCUCGGACGGCAAGCUGUGCUCGUGGAGCUUGGACAUGCUCUCACAGCCGCAGGACGUCCUCGAGCUGCAGCAGCGACAAUCGAAGGCAAUUUCCGUCACUUGUAUGGCCUUCCCGCACAAUGAAGUGAAUAAUUUCGUGCUCGGCAGCGAGGACGGAUAUGUAUAUUCGGCAUGUCGUCACGGUAAUCGUUCCGGAAUAGGCGAAACUUAUGAAAAACAUCUAGGCCCAGUGACCGGUAUUUCUGCACAUCAUAAUCAGUCGUCGCCAGACUUUGGGCAUUUGUUCCUAACGUCAUCCAUCGAUUGGACCAUCAAACUGUGGAGUCUUAAAGACAAUAAGCCGCUGUACUCAUUCGAAGAUAAUUCAGAUUAUGUGAUGGACGUCGCUUGGUCUCCUAUCCAUCCAGCACUGUUUGCUGGAGUAGAUGGAAGCGGCCGGUUGGAUUUGUGGAAUCUCAACCAAGACACAGAAGUUCCAACGGCUUCGGUAGUGGUGGAAGGUCAACCUGCUUUGAACAGGGUCUCCUGGACACCUUCGGGAUUGCAUGUGACCGUCGGCGAUGAAGCUGGACGCGUUUAUGUGUACGACGUGGCCGAUAACUUGGCCAGUCCUAGGAUGGACGAAUGGAACAAACUGAAUUCUGUACUGUACGAGUUGAAAAUGAAUCAAAACGAUGAAUUUGAUGACAUCGACAAAAAGUCUCCGAUCCCUCAGACCCCAUCACUUACGUCGCUAACAGCUUCACCGCUUAUAUGAAAUUCAAUUAGGCCCUAUUGAGGAUUCGAUAGGGAUUUUAAAACAAGUUUAGAAUAAGUUUAUGACGGAGUUAGAAGGAAGGAUGAGAUGUGAAUAUUCAUUACGAAACAGAAAGAAAAAUGUUGGGUAAAAUAUUGUAAUUUGAAGAAUUUAAGUCUGACAUCCGUGCUUUUGUAAAGGGACUCAAUGCUGAAUGAUAUUUGACGGAAGCUCAAAACCACAGAACUGGAAGGUAACUCUCUUGUGAACAUUUCAUUCGUACACAUAGACAGCAUAAUCGCUUGAUAAUUGCAUUAUUGUCACAGGUAACCUAACAUCAUUUCAAAUAACCAUCAAUAAAGGCAACUGAUAUGAUAACUCAGUUUAACUAAUAUUAUGUGCAUUCAGAACAGUAAUAUUUAUUAUCCAAUGUUGGCUUUACGAUAAUAAUAAAAUUUAUUCAGCAGAAGAUCACGCA